GUGCAGCGUAGCAACUUGUAUGGUGACCCAACCACAGGCCAGCAGCCCCCACCACAGCACUUGAAUUCAAAUGCAGCACCCCACCAUAAGGUCACUGCUCCUCCUACACAGCUGGGGCGAUGUUAUCGUGCCAUGUAUGACUAUGAGGCAGCAGACACAGAUGAAGUCAGUUUCAAGGAUGGAGACUUGAUCAUCAACUGUACAGCCAUUGAUGAAGGAUGGAUGACAGGCACGAUCCAGCGCACGGGAGUCACGGGCAUGCUGCCAGCUAACUAUGUAGAGAGAGUCAGCUGAAGUGUUUUCUCAUGCUACCAGUGCACGGGGGAUCCUUGUGAACUUUUUAUUAUGUAUCU